GUUCGGCAUCAUGUUCAAAUGUAAUGUACUAUAAUUAUGUUUUAGCUUAAAGUUACCUACAACCCUUUGGAAGCUCUUGGGAAAGUAACAACCAGGCGAUAGACCGUGAUCCGUUUUUCAUCUAGUAAAAUGGCUACUCACCAGCUGGAUGACGAUAUCAGAAAACUAAUGAAUGAAAUGAAUCCAGUCAAGAAUGAUUCAUUGGUGGAGACAAAAGUGAAGCUGUUGGACAUUCAUUUCAAUUGGGACUUGAUGCAGUUGGCUCCUCAAAGUGAGACUCCAGAGGCGGUUGUUUCUAGACUCAACGAAAAGAUUGAAGAACUAGUCGAGCACACCGAUUUCAAAUUUUUAAAUUUGAAUCUGCAGCUGAUAAUAGCGCAAGAGUUGAUGAAAUAUGACAAGAGCGCUGGAUUGCAAAAGAUACGGGGACUGUGAGCAGUUGUUGAAAGACCACAAGAAUAGUAAUUGCCAGGAAUAUCUGUUCGUAACCAUUUUCAAAGCAAUGGAGUACAUGGUGAUGGGGUGUAAGGCCUAUGCUCUGUACAAAUGUGAACUCUUCAACGAAGCAAAAGAGAUCCUUGAAAGCCUACCUAUCUGCAGUGAAAUGACUGAUAAGGAGAGAUCCGGUAUCUUUGGCAUGAAAGCGUGUGCAUACAUGGAGUAUGGAAUAAAUGGAUUCCAUAAGGCGCUUGAAUUCAUUAAUGAAGCUCGAAACAGGGACCCCAUGAUGCCUGACUGGCAUUUCCUCACAAGCAAAGAUAAUGGGAAGAAUACGUCGUUUCAAAUUUCCAUUUCUGUCGAUACCAGAAGACGAGGAGAAAUUUUGUCGCCGAGCAUACGAAUUGCGCAGCGAUAAUCCAACUUACAUGAUGUACAUUGCUCAGAUCACCCGCGAAAAAGCCAGCAAACUUUUCAAUGACUAUCGCAAUGAAAACCCCAGGAAAAUGUCGCACUCCGAUCCAAGGAAAAUGCGUGUGGAUAGUCUGAAUGGAGAAGCAUCUAAUUUGUACCAAAAACUGAUUCGUUUAAACCAGAACGAUUCACACAUCCUUUGCCGCAGUGCUUUUGGAAUGGUGAAACUGCCUGAACCAUAUCGAUGCUUGGAUGUGGCAGUGGAAGCUAUCGCAAAGGCAUUGGAAAUAUCUCCCAAUAACCCGAUGGCCAAUCAUUAUGCGGGUCUCAUUUAUAUACGCCACCUCAAGGUUUGUCAAAUCGAAUAAAUCUUUAUUCACAAAAUAAAUACAU